GUGGCUCAAACCUAGGCUCGAGCUUUCAAAAUCUGAUUUCACCAAUUCCAGAGUUUGUUUGCCGUCUACUCAGUCUACUCGCCAUUUCGCCACAUUUCGCCUGUUCGAAAUGGUUCCGCUUUGUGUCCGUGCGCUGGUGCUGACGGUGGUGGUGUCUGCACUGCGGCAUUAUGAGGAUGACUUGGCCCAUGAAGAUGUAGCGGAUGUGGUGAAGGAUCAGUUCGCGGAGUUGAGCCUGAACUGGACCAGACCCCUUACCCCACGCCUUCACCCAGAAGCUCGGGCCGAACUGCAGCGUAAGCGUGGUGAGUCCAUGAUCCAGAUGGAGAAGGGCUGCAAGCCAUCGAAAUUUAGGGCUAUGGGCAAGAAGCUUGGAGAAGGAGCAUAUGCAGCCGUCUACAAGGUGGAGGGGAAGUCUCAGUCCUAUGCCAUGAAGGUUCCACAUGAAGGAGAUGCUGAGGCAGACGAAGCUGCUGAGCAUGAGAUUGAGGUGAUGUCUGCAGCCAAGGAGCACCAUUGCCAGCAUGUCUUGCCCUUGAUAGAGAAGAACCCUUGUAUCAACGGCACGAAGCACAUCAACGCCAUUGUGACGAAGCUUCUCCCCUUUGACUUUGACAAAUGGCAGAAGGACUACAAAGUCCCUAGCAAGUGCUAUCAGAGGGUGUUCGAUGCGCUUCGCGAUGGAUUGGACUGCAUGCAUGGGUCUGGCUACAUGCAUGGAGACCUGAAGCCUGACAACAUUUUGUUUGAGGACUUCGAUGACGAUGGAUGCCCCACAGGUGUGCAACUUGCCGAUUUCGGCAUCUCCCGUAAGCUCUCUUCGCUUGAGGGUAAAUUUGAUGGCGCCUAUUUCAUGGGUUCAUGGCAUUUGCCCGGUACGGUCUUCACUCGUGUGGAGGAUCCCUUGAAGCUAUCGAAAGGCAAAUCUUUCUUCACCCCGGAUCGCCGCAUCGAUGAAUGUUCCUUUGCCCUGUUGAUGUUCCGGUUCUUCAAGCGAAGGGUGUCGUCCAUUGUGAAGGACGUGGGCAAGGGUGCCUGCGGCCCCAUGGGACCUGGUCGAAAGCUGAUGAUGCCUUGAGAUGCCAUGAGAGCGCGAAUGAUCGGUUUUUG